AUGUUUGCUCCAUCACGGUCGAACCACGGGACACAUGUGACCCAUUUGCCUCAUCCAAGCCAGUCGAGUGCCGCAGGGGAAUUGCAAGCUAUUCUCGCUGUUUGGGAAGCUGAGAAUGAUAAUGCCUCGUUCAGUGUCAAACCAUCUCUUAUAAGACUUUCGGAGCUGAUAGAAGAAGCAACUGAUGAUUUUUUGAAGCAAGAUCCUGAUCCUCUAGAUGAUCGUCAUCCGGCCAAAACAUAUCCUUCAUGCAUCCUCGGCCACUUGCUGAAAGUUAUCAGUCGCUAUGAAGAAUUCAUGAACAAGCUUCUUGUAUCUUAUUUGAUGUCUCGCGAUGACAUUGAAUUGAAUAUUGCCUCUGCAAGAUUGUUGCUCAAUCUUAUCCCCGGUUUAGAUUCUGCAGUUUUAUCGGAACCAGAAGGUUUGAUACCACAACUUUACAGAUGGGCGGAAAGUGAUGCAACCAACUGUUAUUUAAGGGCGUACUCUUUUGGUUUGCUUGCUGCUGCAUUAGAUGUAACGAGUGUUGCAAGUAGUCUUAAAAUGGAAAAUUCUGCACUUAUUCCAAUUGCACUGCGACGUUUAAAAGAUUUGUUUGAAAGAAUGAAAAAAGAGAAACAAGCAACUGCGGAAGUAUCAGAACCAGAUAAGGAAAAUAAAGAGGAAGAUGCUGAAGAUAGUCUGUUUGCUGGUAUUCCGAGGGAAACAUUUCAUAGCGGUGAAAGACCUUCAUUGGCUGAUAUUUUGAAAGAACGUGAAAAAACAAAAUUCUGUGAGGAAGGAACGUCAGGACCAUCCGCCGCAGUUGCUACGAGAAGUUUAACUGGAUCUAUGUACAGUGAAGAAAGAAAAUCCAUCUUAAGAAUACGUGAACCAAUUUACGAGUCUUCAGUAUACGAAAAUUUAGAGUUGACCAUACCACCACGGAAAAAAGUCAAACUAGAUAAAGAACAACGUACUCGUAGCUCAAGCACAAUAUCGUUGACAUCAUUUAUUGAGGGGAAAAGUAAUAGUCAAUGGGCUGUAAUGCAAAAGCGGCGUCUUGGAGAGUACCGAAUCUUUCCUUUAACGACUGUUAUGGAACAGCGCCUAAUUAUUCAGUAUCUUACACCUAUUGGAGAAUACCAGGAUCUUUUGAAAGAAACCUACGAGAAUCGUUCAUUGGAUCUUGUUCUACGCUAUUUGGAGGGUGCUCGGAAUCACGACAGCCGUCUCAUAUUUGAUGUUUUAAAGUAUCUUGCCGGCCUUUUGGUUCAUCGUAGACUCGCGCUAGAUUUUGUGGCCGCUGGUGGUGUAGAUCUUUUGAUUCGUAUAGAACGUGACUCGUUGGCAUCAGUUGUUGUUGGAACAUGUCUAUAUUAUUUGGCUUAUAAUGCAGAUGCAAUGGAAGGCGUUUGCCUUUUGCCGGAACAAACUCUUAAUGAACUUGUUCA